GUGUGUGUCGGUGUGCUAGCAUCCUGUAGCAAGUUCUUCACUCAAGGAUAACAGUCGUAAAAGCACAACAAUAUAACUGGAAGCCCAUAAUGCCAGGUAGUUCAGCCUAAUUAAAAGAGAGAGGGCAAGUGGAACAAAGGCCAAGAAGAUUGCCUUGUGGUGAUGCGUGAAUUUUCGUAACAACAGCAAAGAGAAAAAAAAUUACAAAAAAUAAAAAAAAGGGGAAAAAAACAUUGGCAACAUUUCGUGGUUGUUUUCAGCGAGUUGAUUCCGUUUUUGUUUGUGUUUGCCUGCCUUGCCGGAGCACGCGUGUGUCUGCGUUACCUUGGACAAGAAUAAACCAUCCAAACAUCCUGCAGCAACCAAAGCAGCCGAACAUCCAAGGCAUCCCAGCACCCAGGCAUCCAUCUACUUGCCCAUUGUGGUUGUUCUUGGGCUCUUUCUCCUCGGCGCGGCCUCACGUUCAUCCUCAUCUUUUGUGAAUCCUUGGCGCAGCAGAUUCUAGUUGGUGGCCUACUCUGAAGAAAAUGUUUGAAUAGAGAUGGCCAAACUUUCACGACGUGCCUCGUCGUCUGCAGCAACGCCCGCCACAGCAACAACAGCAAGUACAGCAACUACAGGAGCAACAUCGGUCAACCCAAGUCAUGCCACAGGCGCCGCACAGCAACGAGAGGAGCAGCAACAGCCACUGGGAGAAGGUCAGCAAUAUACAAAGCAGCAGCAGCAGUUGCAACAUCAGCAGCAGCAACGCAUUGCACGUCGUGCCGCCAGCAACAUCAACAUCAACAGCAGCAGCAGCAACAACAACCGACCCCAAGCAGCAGCGCUCAUUGACACGAGUCCAGAUGUCCUCCAUGAGAAUCCACCGCCAUCACCGACACCGGCGGCGCUUUCCAACCACAGCAGCAACAGCAACAGCAGUAGCAGCAACAGCUACCACAGCAACACUGCCACGCCCACAGCACCCGCCCACGCCCACGUCACGGCCACGCCCUACAUGCCGCUGCUGCCGCCGGGCGAGCGGAAUCUGACGGAGGCGGAAAAUGCGGCGGAACGGGCCAGGAUCCGGGAGGAGUUCUUCGCCACCUAUGACGUGAUGACGGGCGUCCGGAUAGCCGCCACUUUGGGCGGCUUCUUCGGCCUGAUGGUCUUCCUGAUCGUCUGGAAGAGCCGGAGCAGCAGCAACGAGACCCUGAAAGUCCUCAAGGAUCCCAAAAUGGCGGCAGUGGCCGCGGUUUGCAUGCAGGAGGAGGAGGAGCGCGAGAUCCACGACGCCAUCGUGGCCACGGGAAUGUCCAUUUAUCCGGAUGAGUACGAUGCGAUGGUCUACCGCCGGCAGCGGAUGCUCUCGCUGGGCAACGUGAGUGCUCCGCCGCUGCUGAACCGGGGAUAUCGCUGUGGUUCCAUGGGUGGCGUCGGCGUGGGUGUUCCCGUGGGCUACAGCUACCUGCUGGAGCCGCCGCGUCGCUUCUCCUACUCCUCCAUGUCCGGCGGCGGAGGAGGCCCGCCCGGUUCCGGUCACGUGGGUCGUCGCAAGAGUGGCUCGGAAUCCUCGCGCAUCUUCAGCAACUAUCCCAUGGGCGGCAGCUUUGGAACGGAUGACUACUUCGUGGAGACGGAGGACGAGCUGGAGGCGGAGGAGUACCUGCAGCCAGGUGCCGCGGCAGAUGAGCCGGACGAACGGCAGCUUCACCAGAGGACGGACUCCACGCGCAGCAAGCCGGGAUUUCUGUCCGUACCGAUGGCGGGUCACGACUCGCGGCGCAGCAGUGCCAUGACCUGCUGCAGCACCGAUAGCUCCUACCUGGAGCGGCGCACCUCCGCCUACAUGGGUGGCUGCAUGGGCAACCUGCCGACGACGCUGCAAAGGAAGCUAUCGACUGCCUCGCGGACAUCGAGCAUCGACAACUGGGACUACUACUACCCGGAUAUCCAGGUUAUACAGCCGACGCCCAAGGCCUCGCCCUGUCCCUCGGAGCGCAGUGUCCACGAGGGAUCGAUACCGGGAUCGAGGAGCUCCUCCAAUCUGAGUGCCAGCAACAUCAGGCGAAAGCACAGCAUCGUGUCCUACGAUCCGGAUAGUGCGCAUUCCGGCCGGGAGCAGCAGAUCCAUUCGAUCAGUGCGGACACCGUGGACGUGUAUCCUUAUAACCAAGAGGAUCUUCCCAAGCCGGUGCAGUCGGCCCCGCCCACUGCGUUCCACUUCUGCGACUCGCCCUCCGAGGAGCUGCGUCUGGGUGUCCGGCGGAAGCUCACUUUGGUGGAGCUGCAGCGCAACGAGAGCAACAACAAUAGCUUUCCCUACACGGCCAAUGCAGCGGUUCCUCCUGCUGCUCCCUCAACUGGGGUGACCAGUUCCAGCGUGGACAGCAGUGUGGACAGCACUCCCGCCAGUCUGGAGCGGCUGAAUGGAGCGGGUAGCGCCGGAAGCGCCAGCUUGGCCACCAUUUCGGUGUCCAACAAACUGCCGCCGGCGCUGAUGGGCAACAACAAUCCGGAGAAGCGAGCUCCGUUGGCCUCGUUAAGUUCCUUCAAGAUCUCCUCGCUGGAGUGCCCCGACUCGGAGCUGCGCUCCCUGGACGAGGAUUCGGUUUUUGGGCUGGAGAGUCCGGCGGACACGGACGAUGAUAUGCAGCAGCUGAGCAGCGACAGCGAGGAGCAGGAGGCGGCUGCCCAGGCGCAGGCUCAGGCCGCCUCCCUAAUCCGGUCAAGUGGAGGAGGAGGUGGUAAUGAAACGAAGCCCAAUCCUCUGCUGCCCGUCAAGCGGAUGAGCCUGACCAGCUCGGGGGGAUUGCCCAGUGGAGUAGCGGGUGGUGGAGGAGCGCGACCACGGAGACCGCUGCUCCAGAGGCAUCGCACCAUCAGCGUCACCUCCAGCGAUCGGGUGGCGCUGAUCAAUCAGCCCCUGCAGCUGCAGCAGUUCCACAUGGGCCUGCCCAUCCAGGCGGAGGCGCCACCGCUGGAAACCCACUUUGGUGCCGUGGUUAGCCAGAGUCCUCCGCGGCGUGCACCGCUGCUGCAGCAGUACAGUGAUCCGCAGACGACGACGACGACCACAACGACCACGACGACGGAGGAGGACACCUGCUCCACGCUGAACACGGAACUGGGUCUGGUGGAGGCUUCCUCGGGAGCAGCACUUGCCGGCGGUGGAGAGUCAGCCAACCAAACGCAGUACAGCAGCCUCAACACGGUGAUCAGCAUGGGAAGGUCCACGCCCAGUCCCAUUACCAUUCCCAUUCCCAUCUCCGUUCCCCAACCAGCCAAGCAGCCAGCUCAACUGCCAACGAAUGCCAUCCGGCUGCAGCACGAUCCCUGCCCCUCGUCCGUCUCCGACUCGGUGAUAGCCACCCGGCAGCAGCAGAGCAUCUGCAUGCCCGCCUCCCUCAAGGAUCUCAUCCUGCGCAAGGGAGCGGGUACAGCCAGUCGGAGUGCCACCAAUUUGAGCUGUGAGAGUGGAACUGCGCCGCCCGCCGUCAUGCUGGAGCUUCCCCUGAUCCGGCUGCCCAACGAGGAGGAGGAGGAGGAGAAGGAGCAGCACGAGGGGCAGGAGCAGCAGGACGGCGAGAAGCGCGAUCCCAGCCUGCCCGGAACUUCCAGGAAAUGGUCCAAGGAGACACUCUUCUAGCCCAGCUGGUUUCCACUGCUCCCACGAAGGCAGUUCCCCGGGCCGGGCCACUAUUUAAGAGCUUAGCAACUGACUUUGAACGCAUGCUGAUGGGAUCUGCAGUGAAAGCGCCCCCUAGAGGACAAAAUUGGAACUGAAGAUUCCUUUAAA